AGGAAAGAAGGGAAUUGGAGAGGAGAGAUAGAAAAAGAGCAUAUGGUGAAGGUUUGUCAAGGUCCUCUUGCUGGUCAGAGGGAUAUAAACAUGGCUCCCGCAGGAAUGUAAAAAACUACAACACAGAGGCAGAGAAAACGGUGAGAAGAUGCUGCUUGGUUUAAAACGGUUGAAACUUGAGUAAUUGCACUGUCCCAAUUCUUCCUCCUUGGCCCUACCCCUAGACAUGAAAUACCCUUUGCAAGUAGUGGGGACAACACUACCCCUUCAUGACAACCCACAAAACUAAGUGGUAGGGCUAAGUGGUGAAUGGUGACAGGGCAUAAAUAUCUUCAUUGUUUUCCUCAAAUUUAACUUUUUGUCCCGUCAUGUCAGGUGGAUGAAGAGGAGGAGUUCCCGUUCAACUUGAGUGACUUUGUGACAGUAGAUGAGGUUGGAGAUGUCACCGACCUUCUUUGCUCUCCUUCUCCAGUUAUUCCCAUGGAAACCACAGAGGUCCAACAGGACACUCCAGAAGACACACCCAUGGAAGUCGUCACAGAAACAACUAUGACGGAUGCUAAGGAGUCUAAUGAGCAAGUAUCAGAGUGUGAACCUGUGAGUGAGCUAACAGCGGAGACUACAGACAGUUCUGUUUCAACACCUGCUGAGGUCCUUACCACAGAAAAAUCCACCAGCUUACCAGCUUCACAAGCGGACUCUUCUCCCAUUCAUUCACCUGCGCCAACAUGUCAGCCUGAAGCAGCCGACACUGGUACUUCCCACUCAUCAACAUCCGAAGAAGUACUUAUUGCCACUCGGGACUCCGCCCCAGAGGUUGAACAUCUUUCAAUUUCCCCUCCAGACAACCCACCUGAAGCUGCCCCUGUGGACCCCUCCUCAAACAAUCUUGCAGCAGGGGCAGAGAGUGAAGAGGAUAAGAAAGAAGACAGAGGGGUUAAUCCCAGUCAGGCUGAUGAGGACUCCCUGGACAAAUCAGAAGAACAGGAGAAGAUGCACAGUCAGGAGGACAAAGACACAGGGACUCCUGCUCCAGAGACAGCAAAGCAAGAAAGUUGUGACCUCACACAAGACCAAACACACAAUCCGAAGGAGAGUGUAAAGAAGUCUGAGACAAAAACUCCCAUGUGCACCAACUGCUCCCUUCCUCCUUUUGACCCCAGCAACCCAGUUGGUAUGGAGUUCUUGGUUCCAAAGACAGGGUUCUUCUGUAAGGUGUGCAAUCGAUUCUUCAGCGGAACAAAAGAGGCUGAAAUCAGCCACUGUAAAACCGCCAAACACUACGAGAACUUAUUGAAAUACUUGCAGAACAUGAAGACUGCCAAACCUGACCGUGGCGCUGAGACCACUGACUGAAUUUUGCGAGUAUUGUCUCUUUAGUUCUCACACAAAGGUCCAGAAUCUCAUAUUGGUUUAGACUAGUCUUAUUUCCUGUCUCUAUUUUAAAACAUAUGUAUUGCUUUUCUUAUGCAAUUAAAAGAAAUGGUUAAAACUGUACAGUGGAAGAGAAGUUGCCAGUUUGAAUUGUGCACAGUAAAAUGUCUUGACUUAA